CUCGCACCUGGAAUCAUUAAUUCAUCAAAGUUCGCUUUGACGUUGUGCAACUGCGAGAGUGUCUCACGUUCACUUUCGAGAUGCCUACGAAAGUACCGCCAGACGGAGGAUGGGGAUGGAUGAUCGUCGUGGCUCACGCGUUAAACAGUUUGUCGACUAUAGCGGUGAUACAAGCAUUUGGAUUGGUAUUCAAGGAAUCCUUCACCAAACUCAAUCUCACCGCGACUGACACGGCGGUCAUAAUCAACGUGAAUUUUGCGUUUGGUAUGCUACUGGGUGUGUUCAACGGGCCUCUCCUGAAGACCUACGGUUACCGGAAGGUAUCGAUAGUCGGGAGCAUGUUACUAUCGCUCGGAGUGACGAUGACGGCAUUCUCCAACAGCUUCACCCUCAUUAUUUUAUUUUAUGGAUUACUGGCCUCCGCGGGCAUGGGACUGUCGAUAUCCGGAUUUUCCUUGGCGGUGAAUUCUUACUUCACCAAGAAACGGACACGAGCUAUGAGCCUGGCCGUGACUAUCAUGGGCAUCGGGCCGAUCAUCAUGCCCCAAGUGGUGUCCUUCUUGCUGUCGACUUACGACGUUCAGGGGACGAUCUUGUUGCUUGGCGCUUACAGUCUGCAUUCGUUGGUGGGCGCUAUGUUGUUACAGCCGCUUAAGUGGCAUAUGAAAAGCAUACCCAUCUGCUUAGAAACAAUCCCUAAAACAACUGACAUUUUGAACAAUACCGAAGGAGAUACGUCAAGCAUUAACGUCGAAGACGAAAUAGCACUACCAUCUUCGAGAUCGUUGACGAACAGUCAUCAGAGAAAGAGAAAAAUGUCGACCAUCGAUCACGAUAGCGAAGUCGGAAGCAUUUAUGGAUUCGAUACGCCUCUACCUCGGCAGACUUCUGUGGAGACUAGAACAAACACGUCGCACGACGCGAAUUACGACAUCGAGAUGUCGAUAAUAAACGGGACAUCGAUGACGAAUUUGUAUGGAAGCCGCAAAUAUUUGAAACCUUCAUGGUGGAAUUCGACGAACAGCGUCAAUCUCGGUAGCAGCAUAAAAAUCUUCGAGGAGCCCGCGCCGAUAACGAAAAAACUGAUCUUUAUCGGUGACAACGAAGUAAAUGGGAAUUGUCAAAACAACGUGGAAAAAGAUUCGCUGAUUGAGAAAAAAACAGAUAACUCUCCGACCGUAGUAAACGACGACGACAAUAAUAAUAGCGAGAGUAAAUCCGCCAUCCGGCGAUUCCUGCAAUGGUUCGCCUCCAUGUACGAUCUCGAUCUGUUGCGCGAUCCGAUCUACGUGAACAUGAUGCUUGGUAUGUCGGUGGCGAUUUUCGCGGAAGCGAACUUCUCGCUACUGACGCCGUUCAUUCUCGCUGACAUGAACAUGACAACGUCAGAAAUCGCUAGCGCCAUGAGCCUCAUCGCGAUGGCCGAUCUCAUUAACAGAGGUGCGUCUCCUUUCCUGGAGGAGUGGCUGCAUCAGCCGGCCAGAGUGAUGUACCUGUUCAGCCUGUGCCUUCUGAUAAUUAGCCGAACCUCGUUGCUCUUCGUGAACAGCUUUAUCGGAGUGUUGAUCGUGGCUGUCGGAUUGGGAAUGGCGAAAGGAAUUCGAUCGGUUUACAUGGUCCUGGUGAUUCCUAAUCACGUGCCCAUUGCAAAAUUACCCAGCGCCUCGGGUAUUCAGAUGAUGGUCAAUGGAUUGAUACUCACAUGCUUCGGCCCCUUAAUCGGUGUAAUACGGGAUAGUACCGGGAGCUACUCAACCUGUAUUAUUCUGAUCAAUUGCGUGACCGCCAUCACGGUGACUAUGUGGCUAACGGAGAUGGUGAUUCGGACGUGCUCCGCGCGACGGAAAUCGAGAUCGUUGACAUGAUUAUAAACCGGCGCUCCAAAUAAUUCGCCUAGUCGACUCGCGCGACGUUGUCGGCGGCUAGAGUGUAUCCGCGACGAUACGUCGUUCAGACAAUGGAACACCUCUUUUCCCACCUGCUUCCGGCGGCAGUUCCCACGUCUCGCUGUGACAGGCAACGUGUGAUCUCCUUGAAGAGACCCGGAAAGGAAGUUCGAAGGUCAAUGAAAUGUAGAUAAUGUUGCAUCGAGCCACGAUCAGCGCUGUUACAUUCAUCUGACUCUCGCGACUUCUCGCUCAUUAAAUCUAUGAUCUCUCUGAA